AUGGCUCUGACCGUGUGUGUGAGGCGACUUAAAGGGCUUCCAGGCACCCAUGACCGACAAGUGAGGCUCAGCUUUCGGGGCUUUACUCAGAAAACAAGGAAAAUUCACUGUGGUCAAGAAGCAGAUGUUGGUGAGAUAUUCCGUUGGCCACACUAUGGGGCUCCACUGGCUGGAGAGAGUCUGUCUGUACAGGUGGUCAACUGCAGCCAUGUGUUCAGUCCCAGGCUGCUAGGGAAACUGGUGAUCUCCUUGCAUCAGUUACAGAGUGCUGGACGUUUGGUACUGCGGGAGGCCCUUGUGGAUGAGAAACUACGAGUGACCCCAAUCUAUGUGGAACUUGACCUAAAGUACCAGCCCCCUGAAGGAGCUGCUGGAGCCUGGGCAGAGGAGGACUUUGGGACACCCAUCCGUGACAGCUCAGAGUUGAUCAUCCCCAAUGUGGGCUUCCAGGAGCUGGAGUCUGCGGGGGCACGGCUAGAGCGGCAGGCAGUGGCUCUGGGCCGCAGGCUAGCUCGAAGUCCAGGUGCACAGGAUGAUGAGGAGAACGAGUUGGAACUGGAGCUGGAGCUGGAGGAUGAGCCAGAUGUGGAGCUUUCUGGGGUGGUGUUCAGCCCCCUCAAGAGCCGAGCCAGGGGCCUGGCCCGCGGGGAUCCCUUCCAGGUGUGCAGAGCUCAGGACUUCCAGGUGGGAGUCACCAUACUAGAAGCCCAGAAACUCCUGGGAGUCAAUAUUAACCCCUACGUGUCUGUGCGUGUGGGAGAGCAGCGCCGAGUGACCGCCACACAGCGUGGGACCAAUUGUCCCUUCUACAAUGAGUACUUCUUGUUCGAAUUUCGUGAGACUCGGCUUCGCCUCCAAGAUUUGUUGCUGGAGAUUACGGCUUUCCAUUCACAGAACCUCCCGUUUAUGGCCACCCGGAUAGGCAUCUUCAGGAUGGACCUAGGCAUGAUCUUCGACCAGCCAGAUGGCCACUUCUACCACAAGUGGGCUCCUCUGCAUGACCCCCGAGAUACCCGCGCCGGGACUAAGGGCUUCGUCAAGGUCACCUUAUCCGUGAGGGCUCGUGGUGACCUGCCUCCUCCAAUGCCCCCCCCUGGCCCAGGGCACAGUUCGGACAUCGAGAAGAACCUGCUGCUGCCGCGCGGGGUGCGGGCAGAGAGGCCGUGGGCGCGGCUCCGCGUGCGCGUGUACCGCGCCGAGGGGCUUCCUGCGCUGCGCCCGGGGCUGCUGGGCAGCCUGGCCCGUGCUCUGCACGACCAGCACGUCCUCCCGGAUCCUUAUGUGCGGGUGUCCUUCCUGGGGCAGCAGGGUGAGACAUCCGUGCGCGCCGAGGCGGCGUCGCCGGAGUGGAACGAGCAGCUGAGCUUCGUGGAGCUCUUCCCGCCGCUGACGCGCGGCCUCCGCCUGCAGCUACGGGACGACGCGCCCCUAGUCGAUGCGGUGAUCGCCACGCACGUGCUGGACCUAAGGCAGAUCUCCAAUGCGGGCCGAGCGGCGGGGUUUAACCCCACCUUCGGUCCGGCCUGGGUGUCCCUCUAUGGCUCCCUUCCCAGCGCGGGACUCCGAGAUGGGCUUCAAAGUCUCAACGAAGGCCUGGGCCAAGGCAUUUGGUUCCGCGGCCGACUUCUGGUGGCAGUGUCCAUGGAGGUAUUCGAAGGGAGAGCUGAAUCCGAGCCCUCCCAGGCUUCUCAGGGGUCCAUGUUGUCCCGGCUCACUGGAAAAAAGAAGAAGAAAGCCAGGCAGGGCCAGCCCCCAACUGUGGUUCCGCAGCACGUGCAUGCCAGCCCUAGUGCAGAUGGGUCUGAGAUUCCUAGCGCCAUGGAGGUGGAGGUGGAGGAACUGCUGCCCCUGCCGGAGAACGCCCUGGCGCCCCGCGAAGAUUUUCUGCUUUUUGGGGUGCUGUUCGAGGCCACCAUGAUUGACCCCGCGAUGUCCUCGCAACCUAUCAGCUUCGAGAUUUCCAUUGGUUGCGCAGGCCGCCGGGAGGAACAGUUGGGCCGAGGGUCCCGGGCUGGGGAGGAAACCGAGAGCGCCAUGGUGGAGGCACAGCCUCUGCUGGAGUCUGAAGACGUGGGAGCCGGGCUGGAGAAGGAUGAGGAGGCGCUGGGGAUCCCUGUUCAGAGGCCCGAGCCUGUGGAUGGCAGCGGGCCAUACCUCUGCUUGCCCCUGCGUCACCGCAAGCCCUGCGUGCGCGUGUGGAGCCGCUGGGAAGAUUACACGUGGCGGCUGCAGAGCAGCAACUGCCUGCGCAAAGUGGCGGAGAGGCUGGACCUGGGGCUGCAAGAGGUUGAGAAGACGCAGCGAAGAUCUGGCCUGGGCGCCUGCGCACGGCUCAAACAGACUUUGGAAGAGCUCGUGGCUGGGAGCAGACAGUUUUGCCGUGGUGCUGAGCGCAGGACGAUGACAAGGCCCAACAUGCUGGAUCGAUGUCGAGGGAAACUGCUGAUACACAGCCUGAACCUGUUGGCAAAGCAAGGACUGCGGCUUUUACAGGGUCUGAGGCAGGGGAACAUGCAAAAGAAGAUGGCAUUGGCCAAGAAACUCCUGGCCAAACUGCACUUCCUGGCUCAGGAGCCCCAACCACCCCUCCCUGAUGUGCUGGUCUGGAUGCUCAGUGGGCAGCACCGUGUGGCCUUUGCCCGGAUCCCUGCCCAGGAUGUGCUGUUCUCUGUGGUUGAGGAGGAGCGGGGACGGGACUGUGGGAAGAUCCAGAGUCUGCUGCUCACAGCACCAGGGGCAGCCCCUGGGGAGGUCUGUGCCAAGCUGGAGCUCUUCCUGUGGCUGGGGCUAGGCAAGCAAGCCAAGGCCUGCACCUCUGAGCUGCCCCCAGACCUACUGCCCGAGCCCUCGGCUGGACUGCCCCACAGCCUGUACCGCGAUGACUUCAGCUACUUCCAGCUCCGGGCUCACCUGUACCAGGCCCGAGGUGUGUUGGCAGCCGAUGACAGUGGCCUCUCGGACCCCUUUGCUCGUGUCCUCAUCUCUACCCAGUGCCAGAGCACACGGGUUCUGGAGCAGACACUAAGCCCCCUAUGGGAUGAACUCCUGGUAUUUGAUCAGCUGAUUGUGGAUGGAAGGCGGGAGCAGCUGCAGGAGGAGCCUCCAUUAGUGGUCAUCAGUGUCUUUGACCACAAUAAGUUUGGCCCCCCAGUGUUCCUGGGCAGGGCUCUGGCUGCCCCGAAGGUAAAGCUGAUGGAGGACCCAUACCAGCGCCCUGAGCUGCAGUUUUUUCCCCUGAGGAAAGGCCCUCGCCCAGCUGGAGAGCUCAUUGCCAUCUUUGAGCUCAUUGAACUGGACUACAGUGGCCGAUUUGAGCCUUCAGUGCCCAGUGAUGUGGAGCCCCAAGAUCUGACACCCCUGCUUGACUCCCUCUCUGGACGCCUGUCCCUGCCACCUAGUGUGCGCCCGGUGCUCAGAGAGUUCCGUGUGGAGGUGCUGUUCUGGGGUCUGAGGGGCCUUGGUCGAGUGCACCUAUUUGAAGUGGAACAGCCCCAGGUUGUGCUGGAAGUGGCUGGGCGACGUGUGGAGUCUGAGGUUCUGGCCAACUACCAUGAGAACCCCAACUUUACUGAGCUCGUACAGCAUCUGACAGUGGACUUGCCAGAACAGCCUUACCUGCAGCCCCCACUCAGCAUUCUGGUGACUGAGCGCCGGGCCUUUGGCCGCAUAGUCCUUGUGGGGUCCCACAUUGUCCCCCACAUGCUGCGCUUCAUACUCCAGGGUCAUGAGGAGGAAAGAGCAGAGGAAGAGACAGAGCACCUGGUGCCAAAGGGACGUCAAGGACAAAAGUCCCCAGAUCCCUUCCUGGCUGAAGCAGGGAUAUACAGAGGACUCCUGAAGGCUCCUCUCAAGCUCACCCUAGGAGGCCUCCUGGGUGAAGGCCCUGAGCUGGAGGAGGACGUUCCAGAGCCUGAGGAGCUCGACUGGUGGUCCAAGUACCAUGCUUCGCUGCAGGAGCUCCAGGGGCAGCCUAACUUUGAUGAGGAUGAAAUGGAUGAUCCCAGGGAUUCAGACAUGGUCAACCUCAUUUCGGGGGAUGGGGAGGCCCAGGACCAGGGUGAAGCUGAGGUCAAAGGCUCUGUGUCUCAGAAAAAAGCAAUCACCACCUUGAAGAUCUACAACAGCUCCCUGGAGGAAGAGUUUAACUACUUUGAAGACUGGCUGAAUGUAUUUCCCCUGUACCGAGGGCAGGGAGGCCAGGAUGGAGAUGGAGAGGAGGAAGGGUCUGGACACUUUGUGGGCAAGUUCAAGGGCUCCUUUCUCAUUUACCCUGAGUCACAGGCAGCGACCUCCUCUGAGCCCCAGAUCUCCCGGGGUAUUCCCCAGAACCGACCCAUCAAACUCCUGGUCAGAGUGUAUGUGGUAAAGGCUACCAACCUGGCUCCCGCCGACCCCAAUGGCAAAGCAGACCCCUAUGUGGUGGUGAGCGCUGGCAAGGAGAGGCAGGACACCAAGGAGCGCUACAUCCCCAAGCAGCUCAACCCCAUCUUUGGAGAGGUCCUGGAGCUGAGCGUCUCUCUCCCCGCUGAGCCAGAGCUGACCGUAGCUGUAUUCGAUCAUGACCUCGUGGGUUCCGAUGACCUCAUUGGGGAGACCCACAUUGAUCUGGAAAACCGAUUCUACAGCCACCACAGAGCAAACUGUGGGCUGGCCUCCCAGUAUGAUGUGGAUGGGUAUAAUACCUGGCGGGAUGCAUUCCGGCCCUCACAGAUCCUAGCGGGGCUGUGCCAACGCUGUGACCUCCCUGCGCCUGAAUACCGAGUUGGGGCUGUCAAGGUGGGCAGCAAAGUCUUUCUGACACCGCCUGAGACCCUCCCCCCAGGUGGUGGAGGUCCCAAGGCAGCAAAUGGGGCCUCUGAGGAGGCCCAGGCAUUGCUUGUAUUACGGCGUUGGCAGGAGAUGCCAGGGUUUGGGAUCCAGCUGGUACCUGAGCAUGUAGAAACACGGCCCCUCUACCAUCCCCGCAGCCCAGGGCUACUGCAGGGAUCUCUUCAUAUGUGGAUUGACAUCUUCCCCAGUGAUGUGCCUGCUCCACCUCCAGUUGACAUCAAGCCUAGGCAGCCAAUCAGCUAUGAGCUCAGAGCCGUCAUCUGGAACACGGAAGAUGUGGUUCUGGAUGAUGUGAAUCCAAUCACGGGAGAGAUGUCAAGUGACAUCUAUGUGAAAAGCUGGGUGAAGGGGCUGGAGCAUGACAAACAGGAGACAGACGUCCACUUCAACUCUCUGACUGGGGAGGGCAACUUCAACUGGCGCUUUGUAUUCCGUUUUGAUUACCUGCCCACCGAGCGGGAGGUGAGCGUCAGGCGCCGGCCUGGACCCUUCGCCCUGGAGGAGGCGGAAUUCCGGCAGCCGGCUGUGCUGGUCCUGCAGGUCUGGGACUAUGACCGCAUCUCCGCCAACGACUUCCUUGGAUCCCUGGAGCUGCAGCUCCCGGACAUGGUGCGGGGGGCCCGGACCCCUGAGCUCUGCUCCAUUCGGCUGGCCCGCGAAGGGGCCGGGCCCAGGUGCAAUCUGUUCCGCUGCCGCCGCUUGCGGGGCUGGUGGCCCGUGGUGAAGCUGCGGGAGGCGGAGGACGUGGAGCGCGAGGCGCGCGAGGCGCAGGCGGGCAAGAAGAGGCGGAAGCGGAGGAGGAAGGGCCGGCCGGAGGACCUGGAGUUCACGGACGCGGGCGGCAACGUCUACCUGCUCAUGGGGAAGGUGGAGGCGGAGUUUGAGCUGCUGACGGUGGAGGAGGCGGAGAAACGGCCGGUGGGGAAGGGGCGGAAGGAGCCCGAGCCCCUGGAGAAGCCCAACCGCCCCAAAACCUCCUUCAACUGGCUGGUGAACCCGCUGAAGACCUUCGUCUUCUUCAUCUUGCACCGCUACUGGCGCGUCCUGCUGCUGCUGCUGCUGCUGGCGCUCAUCACCGUCUUCCUCCUCCUGGUCUUCUACACCAUCCCGGGGCAGAUCAGCAAGGUCAUCUUCAGCCCGCUCCACAAAGCCUCUGGCUCCGACUGACGGGGGCACCGCCCCUGCUGCACCCCAGAGUUCAGGGC